UUUUGCCUUUUCAUCUCGGUUCAGUAAACGUGAAACUAGCUUGAAGCACACAGAAGAACUCGGUAAAUACCAGCUCAGAGCGGAGAAGGAAUGUGCGUGCUUACGCCUAUUCAAAUAAGAUAGACAAAAGCCAAUACCACAGGCAUACAUAUGUAUAUAAACCACAUGCCUCAGUCUCCAGAUUUUCCGUAUCGACCUCCAUCUCUACUGACAAAUUCCAACAUGACUACAAAAUUCUUCUUCGCUCAACUAUUGUUGAUCAUGAGCAUUAUCACAAUGGUACACUCGUCACCAUUAUCAGCACUGAUGCCGAAACCUUUUCAACCUAAAGUUGUUCAAAAAUACGAUAAGAAAAAGCCAAGUCCUUAAUCCAUCCUUCAACUUUGAUUCUUGAAGGCCACUGAAAAGUCAAGCGUCCAAAAUAUUGACUAUCUGUAUAUUUUAUCACCAUUCCGGCCGUCGG